AUGGCUUCUUCGCGGCCUUCUUCCCCCCGUUCCUCCUUGACGCGCUCCUCUUCUUCUCUGUCGCUCGCCUCUGCUCUCUCUCUUCCGCUCGCUGCGUCCUCUCCUCCGGCGUCGUCCUCCGUCGCUUCAUCACCCCCGUCCUCUCUCCCGCCUUCUCUCUCUUCUUCUUCCAUGCCUUCCUCUUCUCUCCCUUCUUCUCCUCUGCCUUCGUCUUCUCUGCCUUCGUCUUCUCUGCCUUCGUCUUCUCUGCAUUUUUCUUUGCCCGCGUCUUCGCUGCCUCCCUCGUCUCUCCCCUCGUCUUCGCUGCCCGCCUCCGCAGUGCCCCCGUCCCCCGCCCCGCCUUCCACUUCGUUUUAUCUGCCUUCGCCUCCUUCCUGCGCAUCGCUUCCUUCUCACCAGUCGUCUCCCUCGUUCUCUUCGCCUCUCCCUCCGCCCUCCUCCUGGGGUCCGCCGGCUGCGUUUCCUCUUCCGCCGCCCCUGCCCGUGGCGUCCCCGCCGCCGCCCGCCGCUUCGCUCCGGGGAUGGCUGCGCCGCGCGUUUUCUCCGCUGAUCCUCGUGGGCGGCACCGAGCGGGCGAAGCGAGAAGUCGCGGCGCUGACCGGCCUGUCGCUCGCCUCACUCUUUCAGCCUUUCAAUGGCGGGGCGGUCGCCGCUCGUAAAGUCGCCUCGGCGGUCCGCGCGGCUGCGCAGGCAUCCUCGAGUCCGUACCUCUCCGCGCAGAUUUCCGCUCCAGGUUUCUUUCCCAACGUGCAACAAGCGGAACUAGAAGACGAGGACUUCCUCCGCAGAGAAGGCUUCCAUCCGGUCCACGUCCACCAACUCGGCCUCGUGGGCGGCGCGCGCACCUCGCUCGCGUCUUCUUCCGCGGCGCCAGGCGACAGGGGCGGCGGCGCGACUGGGGGGCUUCACGUCUACGAGGGCCCCGAUGUUCCCCCGCUGAAUCUCCGUCUGGUCGUCUCUUCACCUCUCCUCAGCUCCAACUCUGCGUCCUCUGGCGCCCACUCGCCCUCGACGGCGUCUCUCUCCUCUUCUGCUGGAGCGACUGCGUCCUCGGGCGCCUCCAUUAGGGGUGGAAGAGACGCGGCUUCUUCGUCUCUCGCGCCUUCGCUUUCCCUCGCCUUCGGAUCGCCGCUCGCCGGCUCCGGGGACCGCGGGGCUGGCGGAGGCAGCUUCUCAGGGCCGCCUCAAGCGUCCGCCGCGGGCGCGAAACGCCGGAGCCCCUUCUCGGACUUCGCAGUUCGCUUUCUUGAUCUGGAGGAAGCGGAAUUGCCAUCGGAGGACGGGUCUGGCGGCGGCGCGCCCUCGGGGGCCUUGGGCCCGUCGCAGGGUCCCGGCCCCGCGUUGGGUUCCAAGUCGGCUAUGACCGCGGUCGAGGCUGCGCGGACGAGCGCGGUGCGGUCGUCGGCCUUCUCGCCGUUCGUCUCCGACAUUGAGGGCGCGCAGAAGAAGGGGAUUGCCUCCCCCGAAGGUCGAGAAGGAAAGGCCCGCGCAGCGCGGGCCUCGGCGACCCAGGGCGGGCACUCGGAGGAUGUCUCGAGUUCGCAAGGGAGCGAGAAGCCUGUGUGCAGCACGACGGGUCUGCGGGGCGUGGACCUGCCCUGGUACAACGACUGGGAAGGAGUCGUUUUCGACGGGCUGCGAUUCUCUGAGCACGAGACGCUCUGCCAGCCGGUUGGGCUGAUUCUCGUGGCGAGCAGCGGCGACCCAGACCCUGUCGGCGCCUUCGAGGAGCUCCUUCAAAGCAAAAAUCUCCCCUCGCUCUGCGGGAAGUACGUCCUCGACCCGAAUCCGGUUCGCGCGCUCGUUCUCCUGGACAUUCACCCCGACGCCUUUCAGGCCAAGGCGGACCUCAGCUCGGCCUUUGAACGCUGCAAACAACCUCCCCCUUCGCCUGCCCUCCCGCCCCCCCUCCCCCUCUGGCCCCCGGCCUCGCCGCCCCCUUCGGACUCGGCAGAGGCCGCGGCGGAGGCGGGCGACAGAGAGGCGGAGAAGCGAAACGGCGCGGGCGGCCGCGACGAAGGCCGGAACGAACGGCUGCUGGAGCAACUCUGUGCGGCCUUCCCUCCCGCCAACUGCCAUUUGCUCACCAUUGGACGACGCACAAAUGCCAAGAGUCACUGGCAGCUGCUGCCUUCCAUCCGGUACCUGUAUGCACAACACCUUGCGGUCAGCUUUUCGCCAGCUCUGUCGGGCAACUUGGUCCCCACGUUUCUGUCUCCCGCGACGGGACAGAGUCCUCCGCCGUCUCUCUCGGCCGGCUCUUUCUCGUCGUUCGUGUCUGCGUCUCUUGUGGGGCCUCUCCCGGCGUCUCCUUCUUCUGCGCUGUACGGCUGGCGAGAGAUACGGACUCUGAUUGACUCCGGCGUGCCGCUGCCAGUGGCGUGUCGGCUGCCAUGCGGCACGCCGGCCGCGCCGCUUCACCGCGUGCCCUCCCCGCCGAUUCCGCCUCAGUCUUCCUCCUCUUCUCCCCACGCAGGAGGCGCGACCGGCUUGGCGUCUCUUUCUGCGCCUGUUGCGGAGGCGGCGGCUGCUGCGCCCUCCGCGGCGCGUCUAUAUGCUCAGUACAGCCCGCUGUGCUGUCUCGACACUUCGUUCUGCGUGGGCCUCUCGUGGAGCGACUUGCAGGCGCUUUCCGCAUUCGUGCAGCACUUCAUCAACACGGGCAUUCUGCCUUGGAUGGAGCGUAAGACGCGGCAGCUCGACGGGUCGAUUUCUAGCAACCGGAAGGGCUUCAGGAACCAGCUCAAGUACCUAUGGCGGAAGCCGCGAGGCAUCGGCAGCAGUGGGGCGACGAGCUCGACCUCCGCGAGUUCGCAGAGCAGCUCAGGCGGCGGCCUCGGCGGACUCAUCACGACGCUCGCGCCGUCGGCAGCGGGGACGAGUUCCGCCGCAACGAAUGGCAUCGCGGGAGAGAAAGACGGGGGCUCCACCAACUCGUCGUUCUCGCCGUUCGCCUCCUCCUUCGCUUCGUCCUCCGCGAGCUCCGUCGUCGCGAACGUAGCGGAGCAGGCCGGUGGUGCCGCCGAGGCGCUGCUGUCUGCCGUGGGCGGCGCCUUCCUCGGAGACACAGCAUCCAACUUCGGCCAAGGCAGUAGUUCGGCGAAGACUGGCAAGUCGAGCUCCCCAGGGAGUGCACAGAGUCCGCAGAAGGCCGGCGUCCAGCGACAGUCGCAUGGGACUGCGCCACCUGCGUAUCAGCUGCAUGCGAUUGAGUGGCAGUAUCGACUCUUGGGCGAUCUCCAGUUGUUCGUCGGCAUGCCCGAGGCGGCGCUGCAGAGCUUCCGCAGCUGCGCGGCGGACUUCAAACAAGAUAAACGGUGGAAGCAGCUUGGCGGGGCCUACGAAAUGAGCGCGAUCUGCCUCCACCUCUCAGGGGCGCCUCGCAGGGAAGUCGAGGGCUGCAUCGAACAGGCCUACAACGCCUACGUGAAGGCCUCAGCAGGGCGCUUGGCGCUUCGCUGCGUCCUCCUGGGAACGCGCCUCACGAUGGACUACGCGUCGAUCAUGCCCCUGCCGCUUCCGUUCCCCGCGGCGGCGUCGCCGCUUCUCGCGCUGAGGCAGCACUGCCUGCCUCCCGCGCUGCUCUCCACCAUGGACGCGGCAGUGGAAGGUGCGCGGAGGCUCCUUUCUGCGAACGCCGAGCUGCCUGCGCUGGACAGCCGCGCGCGGCCCGCCGAGGCGAAGCUGGCGGCCGGCGAAAAGGCGGACUCGCGGAGCAACAGCUGCUCCGGCGUAUACUCGGGGAGUGCCGCGGGGGCUGAGGCCGGGGGAGGGGUGGAGGCGAAGCGCGAAGGCAGAGAACGUCAGGAGGGGCGGAAGGACUCUGGGCAGGAUCUUGAGGUUCUAAUCGCGUCCGCUCACGCGCAGAGCCAGGCGGCGCGGAGCGCCAUGCUUCUUGAGCAGGCCGCGCUCUGUUACGAGCAGGCAGGCGUGCUCCACAGGCGAAGAAGGAAUUUUCAACUCGUCAUGGCCGGCCACACGUACUACAAGGCAGGCUUCAAGCGCCUCGCCCUACGGUGCUACACGUCGGUCGUCAGUCAGUACGAGUGGGCAGGCUGGCAGCACAUCGCGCAGCAUUUGCGGUUCAUCAUGGCGCGGCAGGCCUUUUCGCUGCAUCUGCUCUUCGACGCCGCCUUCCACUUCGCUGCGCUGCUGAACGCGGUCUCCUCGCUGCACCAAAUGCGCGAAGUCGUCUCAGGCAUGCAGAGUGCGUCCGUCGCGACCUUCGCCUCGCUCUCCUCCGCUCUCGGGCCGCUUCUCGCGGGCAGAGCGGCCGCAGACGCUGAAGAAGACCGCGAGGAGGCUGCGCGGCAAAGCAGCGUCCCGGUCGCCACAGCCCCGACUCAAGGCUUGCCGACGAUUCCUGCCAGUCGGGAGGCGCACUACAUUCGGGAAUUUUUGUUUGUUUGCCGCGUCAUCCUCGAGCGUCAGCGCCAGCAGGCUGAGCAGACUCGCGCCCGACAGCAGGUCGCGGCCUCGUCAGCCGCAGGCGAGCUCGACAAACUUGCCUCCUUUUCUUCGUCUUCUUCCUUUUCCUCUUCUUCGUCGCCUGCGCCUUCUUCCUCCCUCUCGGGCGCGCCGGGAUCAGUCGUGGACGCUGGGGGCCUCACGUCGCUUGCGCUGCCAGUCGACCUCCGCGUCCCCUACGUCGAGAGCCGCAAUGCCCAGGGCGUCUUCAGAGACAGCAUCUGCGUUCGCCUGCAUGGCGACGCGCCGCUUCCAGGCGACCAGCUGCCUUCGGAGUCUCCGCUGGACGCCCUCGCCUCUGCCGGCGCGCCUCCGGCGUCGCUGCCUGAGUUCUCCGCGCUGGCAGAGCUUCUCGAGGCAGUGGAGCGCGGCCGCCGCACCGUGCUGGAUCGCGCGGCGAAGACCGAACUGGAUCGCCAGCAGCAGCUGAUCGACGCAUUCCUCGCGGUCCGCUGGAGCCAGUGGCGGCAAUGGGCGGUCUGCGCGUCCCCGCCUGAGGCCGAUGGCGCGUCGCGAGGAAGGGGCGGCGACGCGGCGCUCGAAGGCGCCGCCGAAGGGCGCAAGGAAGAGGGGAAGGAGAAGGAGGCGGCGGGCGACCGGGGCAGGCGAGACGAUCCUCCCCAGGCUCUGCAGCACGCGUUUGAACACGGGCGACAGGCAGAGAGCGGCGGACUGGACGCAGAGGCGCGAAAUACGAAAGGAGAAAUCGAAUGCGAAGACGAGGAAGAUCCAUGGCUGCGUCACGAGUUGCUCGCGAGGCCUUGCCCGGUCUCGCUGACGUCCGCGCCUUCCACAUAUUUGUCCUCGCGUCGCGCGCCGGUUGGGCGCCCCGUGGCUGUCGUUCUUCGCCUCGUGAAUCCUCUCCAGCUUCGCAUCGAAUGCAAGCAUUUGCGUCUCUACGGAUCGUUGUUUCCCUCGUCUGACUCUGCGUCGCCCGCGCCUCUGCCUCCUUCGCCGCCUUCUUCCUCGCGCGGCGCAGCAGCCGGCGACGACGACGAGCGAGACGCGCGCCGCGCGAAGCUUGUGGAGUUCCCCUCCCUCGCAAGCGUCUCGCUAGAGCCGCGCGAGUCGAGACUCCUGACGUUGGUGGCGGUGCCGCUCGCGGCCGGGCGGCUGGUCAUCCGAGGGCUUUCGCUUGAUCUUUUCGGCUUCAUUCGGCUCGCCCAGCCGUUCUGUUUGCACGGCCCCGUGCGCUCCGAGGCCCGCUUCAACCUGCGCUACUGCCACCUGGCUGGCGACGAUGCACCCAUUCCUCAUUCUGGCGAGAGUGAGGGGCUGAAGGCUCCGCAGUUCGUGCGAGACGGCCAAGAGAGGCUCGCCGACGGAUUAGGCCUGAGGGAGUCUCGCGCGGCUGCGAGCGCCUACAACCUCGCGGGAGAGACCUGGAGAUUGCGAGGCGGCGACGGCUUGGGGGGCGACGCGGAGGGCGAGGGCGAACCGCCUCUACACUUCCUCAUGCAAAGCGAGAACUUCAAACUGCUUCAGACUGGCAUGCCAGUGCAGGCCUUGCGCUGGAAGUUCCGCGGCCGCGCGCAGGAGAUGCACACGCCCGACGCGCGGCUGGAGGUGGAGGCUGACGAUCUUCUUCCGAUCCUGACCGCGUCUUUCCUUGCCUGGCCGCGCAGCCCCAUUCGUCAGGGGGGGUUUCCGGCGGACGACGAGGACUCCGCUUUCGCGUCCUCUUUUCGGUGCGGAGCCGACUGCGCUCCAGACACCCCGUCUCUGCCGCCUCUUCUUCCGCAUCACGGACGUUCUGCGGUGCCGUCGUGCUUCCCUGGGUAUGGCGCGUAUCCGGUGGGCGCCGAGGAUCUUCCCGGAAGCUCCUUGUCCUCCUUUCUCGCUCUUUCUUCCGGCGUCGUCGCCGCCUCGCGCCGCCGGCAUCUGUAUCUGGGCGAGGAGUCUCGUGCGCAUCUGCUCCUCUCCAACGCCUGCUGCUCGCCGGCGCUGAACGCGCUCUCCGUUGCGGUCACGCCUUCGGAUCUCGUCCGCGUCGUGGAGGCGACGCUCAUUCGCCCAGUCGCUGCGUCCGCGUCCUCCCUCGCUACUGCAGAGAUGCCCGCGGCGGGUGAGUCUUCGGUACGCUCUCCAGCAGCAGAGGCGUACGCGUGCGAGGCGCUGGAAAUCCUCGAAGAGCCUCGACAAGCAGACGCGUUGAGGCACCCGAACGUCGCCGCCCAGGGCGAGGAAGAAGAAACCGAAGGCAAGGUCCAACUCGUCCGGCUUGUGCGCCCCCGGGGGAUCUCUCAGGCCAACGCGCGAGGGCGCCCGGAGAAUGAGGCCUCGGGGAUUCCUGCGCCUCGCCCAGCCGUAGAGGGAGGUUGCUCUUCGCAGCCUUCCUUCGCAUCUUCCGAUCUCUUGGUGCCUGCGGGUUCCACGGUGCGGCUGACGCUUGCGCUGUCGGGGUCGACUGCGGGUAUUCACCGCGUCCGCUUCUGCGUCAAGGCGGUAGCCUGCGCGCCUGUGGAGGCUGAGCGCAAAAGCAAGACCCGCGACGCAGCGGGCGACGAGGCGAGGAGCGAGGAGAAGAAAUUCGCAGUCGGAGUCGCGGACACGCCUGCAGAGCGGCAGAGAAGGGUCCUCUGGCGAGCAAUCGAAAAGAUCCUCCCCAUCACACACUCGCUGCGGCUCACCGUAGAAGCUAGGUCCUCGUGGACACACGCCGAUCGCCACUUGUUUCUCUGCCGCAUCCGGAACUUGAGCGGAGCGACGUUUUGCAUCGAGGAACUCUCAGCGCUGCUUCCCGCUGCGCUUCUCGCGCAGACUUCUGCCCCGUUGCCUCUCGCGCCCACGUACGCUUCUUCAUUCAAAGAGCCGGAUGCGCAGUUGGAGCGCGUUUCCAUCCCGCUGUCGCCGUUUGCGCCUCUCCCAGAUCGCGACUCCUUCUCUGGGCACAGCGAUUCUUCUCGUUCCGACUUCCGCGGGGCUGCUCUGGCGAUUGUGCGACCCUACGAGACUCUGCAGGUCCUCUGCGCUCCGCGUCGAGCAGGAAGCGAGAGGGAGGACGCUGCCUCUUCUUCCUCUCUAGCCAGCACCGACGACGAAGUGCUGCAGGCUGCAGCCCGACGCAACAUCGGGCUCCUGGUGCGCCUUCGAUGGCGGCUCGCCACAUCUCUGACGUCGUCGCCUGCGGGCGCGGCUCCGCUCGGGCGGGGCCUGGCCCCGUCUGGCGCCGCGACCGCGGUCGUUGGGAGGCUCCAAAAGGCGUCUACGUCAUCGAGACCCGCCUCAACUGACGCGGUAGGGCCCGCCCUUUCAGGCGGCCUUGUUGCGUCUUCCUUGCUUUGGCAGGGCGACACACAAGGGCGGGAAGACGAGGCGCGGCAGGGGAAGUCUGCGUCAGACUCUCUUUUGCAUGCAGACGUGCAGGUGUCUCCUCACAAUAAGCUUGAAGGCCACGCAGGCCCGUGUGGAUACAUUUUCGCCGCGAGCCCGGUCUAUCUCUCGCCUCGCUUGUCGUCCUUGCCUCUUCGCAUGACGGUUGAGGCCGAUCCCUUCGGUAGCGCGUGCGGGCGCGCCGAUUUGCCGUCGUCUCGGCAGAAACGGUUCUCGUUCUCGCACCUCUACAGCCACACAGGCGGGGUGCUACCGAUUCGUUUCUCCAUGACGAACGUGUCUUCUUCUCUGCGGCUCGGAAUUGAAUUCUUCGCGGACGUCGCUGGAGCGGGGCGCGCCACGCCACUGCGCCUCUCGCCGGCCGACGUCGCUCUCCCGCCGUCGGCGCUCUGCGCGCCCUUGGAGGAAGAGGAGGACCGGCAGGCUUCUUUUUUCUGCGCCGCGUUCUACUGCCACGACGGUUGGGAGCACGGUGAGGCUGAGAGCUCGCCUGGCCUGCCUGGCGGAGACGCGUGGCGCGGGCGAUGGGUGGACGGCGGGAGCGCGAGGCGACCCGAAGGCCACUCGCCACGAAGCGGAUAUUCCCCGGAGCUUCUUCUCGACGUGGCGGAGGGGCCAUCGGCGCAGCCGGCUGACGCUUCGCGGACUUCGCUUCCGCGCGCCUCGCCGGAGAGGAUGCCCUCAGGGCCAGAGCGAAAGGCCUCUAGCGAAUCCGUCGCGGGCUUCUCGGCGGAAGGCACAUCGACGCAGAUCUCAAGGCCGACCGCGCCGCGUCACUCGCGGCACUCGGGAUCUCCGUCUUCCCUCGCCGUCGCGCGAAGGCGGAAGUUGUUUGGCGGGGGAGCGUUUCUCCUGGCGCCUGGUUUGCGGCAUGCCGAGGCGCGAGUGCGUUUCCUCUCCGCAUUGGCAGCCUCAUCGGCGCCUGGCGGAGGCCGCAGCGGUCUUCUUCUGUCGAGCCAAAAGGGCCUGAAGGCGACCGCGCUACCCGCCGCCUCACGACGCCCGUCGUCGCUCGCCUACCUCGAGACGCUUUUCGCGGUGUCGCCCGCGCUGGCGACGCCCCCCGUCGGCUCCACCUCCCUGAGGGACGAGGGUGGGCUGCUGGCGGACGCCCACGGGUCGCCGUGCGCGGUCGCGGCGUCUCAAUUCCUCCAGCGGCGCUUCCUCGCGAGUCUGCUUCGCCGAGCUCUCCGCGCGAAUCCCCAGUCCUGCCCGCUGCCUGCGCUCCCUCCGCACGCCCCCCUCUCUCCAGCCAUCUGUUCGCUCCCCCUAGGGGGCGUGGCGUCCCUCGGCGACGAGGAGGAGCGGCAUGCAAACGACGGCUUCUUGCUCGCAUCUUCUGCGUCGUCCCUGCUGUACGGCGGCGGAAAGGCAGACCACGCUUUGCUCUCGCACGAGCGAAAGCGAGGCACGAGCCAUUUGCGCGUCGCUCUCACAGGCUCUUCCUCCCGACACGCCGCGGCCUCCUCAGGGGGCGACUCUGGUCACGCGUCGCUUCACUCGCCUGGGGCAUGCGGCGGGAGUUCCGGCGCAGGCGGCGGCCUCGGGAGCUCCGCGGCGGCGACCGCGGGCUUCCUCGGCUCGCAGGUGUCUUCGGGGUUCGGCAAGUCGCCCGCGAGUGGUCUGGGCGAAGGCGCAGCGAGCCACAGCGGGUCCACGGCGAGCGGCCUGUCGGGCGGCUUGGGCUCGUUCCUCGGCGCGCACGCGCAGGUCUUUCAUCGCGCGAGCGGCGCCUCGACUGCUGCGGGCGCGGGCGCCGCGCGCCUGGACGACGAGGACGCGGAGAGGAGCAAGCUGCCGUCGCCGCAAGACCUCGUCUCGGGGUUCCUCGCGGACGCCUCGGCGAGCUUGAGCGCGGGGCUGGUCCUGGGCGGGACCCCGUACAACGCCCACAGCGACAGUCCGGGAGCCGACGUGAAGGACACGUGCUUCGCGUCGCCUGGCUUGCCGAUCGUGCCUCCGCUGUCACAGGCUGCGCUCGCGCCGCUCUCUCACUUCUCCGACGUCUUGCUCUUCGGCGACGACUCGCAGGGCGAGGAAGCGACGGGCGCGCCCAGUCUGCGCGUGCUGGACUUGACGGAUAUCUCUGCAGACGACUCUGUGGAGGCCCUCCCGCCGUUGCGCCACGCCUCCGCAGCUUCCGAGCGGCAGCCCGGGGCCUACCCCCGCGCCGAGCUGGAGACGGUAGAAGCGACGCAGGCCCCGCGCCAAGUAGGCAGCAGGCCAGACAUGCAGGGAACCCUCCACGGGAGAAAGGGAGAGGCGGGCGACGAGCGCCUUCCCGGCACACGCGAUGCUCCCGCAGUGCCUUUCCCCGUCCCUCCACCCCCGGCGCCUCCGGCUCCGCCUCCUCUCGCGAGCCUCGCUGCCGGGGAGAGUCUCCCGGCGCCUGCGGCGAGCGCGCCUGCGGCGAGCGCGCCUCCGUGCUACAACGGCUUUUACUGGGUAGGCCGGCGAACGCAGCAGCUGGGAGUUGUCGGGCCUGCAGAGACAGUCGAGGGGACGCUCUUUGCGUUUUUUCCGUCGCCUGGCGUGUUCAACGUUAACAAGGUGCGCCUGAGAGUGACGCUGCUCGGACAGGAGGGGCGGACGGGCGAGGCGAGCGAAGAAGGCGGCGCAGGCGACGCCGCCGAAGAAGAAGAAGCCUCACAGAGGGAAGGGCGCGACGCCCGCGGCCUACAGACGCAAGCGCCUCGGAGGGAGACAGGCAGGAGAGGAGGAAUCAGAGAGAGGGAGGGAGCGGCGAGGCUGGAGGCGGCCGCGGGAAGGGAGGUCGUUCGACUGAACUCAAAUCUCAGGAACGCCCCACAGCUGGAGGAGGAGGUGCGACACGACCGAGAGGAGAGGCUGUGGGAGAGUGAGAUGUGCAAGCGCAUCGCUGGAAGAAAAGCGGUUGUAGGCUUUCCUUUCGAGUACCUAGUUCACGUUCUUCCAUCCGCCAACGGCGCGCCGCUCUGA